GCUGCCUGAUGGGCCAAAAAAUCUGGGCAGUGGCUACGGGCAUCGGGGAACGACCAUCGACCAUCAGCACGGGGGAACGAGGACGGGGUCGGGACGAGCGCAACAGAGUCCAGACCUAACCGCCCGCACCGCACCAGACCUCCUCCUGCCGCCGGCGUGCCGCCGCUCUUGCCGCCGGCGAGCCGCCGCUCCUGCCGCUCCUGCUGCCGGCGAGCCGCCACUUGGUGAUGGACUCGUGAUGCAUCGGUCAAGGAGCUUGGGAAUUCUUGUUUCUCUCUACUUGUUGAUGAGUCUCGUGAUGCAUCGGUCAAGGAGCAAAUGGCUGUGAUGAUUAGGUUUGUGAACAAUAAAGGAGCGGUUUUGGAAAGAUGAUUUCAGUGAUUUCAGUGAUGGAUAGUAUUUCUCAUGAUGGGAUAGAUGCCGAGGAGAGAGGUUUGGCUUCAGGUUAUAUGAUAAACAUGGAAACCUUUGAGUUUGUUAUUAUCUUGCAUUUGAUGCUUCGAGUGCUUGGUAUAAAAAAUGAUCUGUCACAUGCUUUGCAACAAAAGGAUCAGAACAUUGUGUGCGCCAUGAAUAUGAUUGUCUCGGUGAAGUGUCUAUUGCAGAAAAUGAGAGAUGAUGGAUGGGAGCCUCUAUUGCUUGCUGCUACUAAUUUCUGUAGGGGAAGAAAUAUUGCAGUGCCGAAUAUGGAUGACAAUGUGUAUGCUAGAGGCUAUCCAAGGAGCUCACGUAAGAUGGUUACUUGCUUACAUCAUUACAAGGUACAAAUAUUCAAUGAGGUGCUUGAUAGAAACAUAGCUGAGAUGAACAACAGGUUUGGUGAAACUUCUACACGCCUAUUAAGGUGCAUUGCAUGCCUUGAUCCUAAAGACUCAUUUAGCAGAUUUGAUAAUGAAAAGCUAGUUGAGCUUGCAACUAUGUAUUUGGUUGAUUUCUCUUCUCAUGAUUGCUAUGUCUUAAGUGACCAACUCAACAUAUACAUUGAUGUCAUGAAGAGAAGUUCUGAGUUUCUAGCUUGUGAUACUCUAAGUGGUCUUGCUAUUAAGUUGGUUCAAACUGGACAUCAUUUGACCUUUCCAUUGGUAUAUCAUCUGAUUACUCUUGCAUUGACAUUCCCUGUGGCAACAACAUCAGUUGAGAGAGUUUUUUUAGCCAUGAACAUUAUAAAGACACAUCGCAGAAACAGGAUUGGUGAUGACUGGCUCAAUGAUUUGAUGAUUUGUUAUGUUGAGAAAGAGAUAUUUGCAAAAGUUCAUGACAAUCAGAUUAUGCUUCGCUUCCAUUCAUACAAGGACCGUCGAGGUCAUCUACCUCAACGUUUUAGCCUUCCUAGCUUCAACAUAACUUAGUGGUAUGCUACAUUUCCUCCAUUUCUAUGUAUUUUCGAGUUUUUAGUGAUUGUACUUCAUGAAUCAUAAAUAUUGAAGCUUGUGGAGUAUUUGUUUUGCUAUAUAGACUCCCUUUUGUGCAACAAAAAAAUUAAUCCAUUUUUGUUCGCCCCACCUCGGCUCAAUUCCUGGCUCCACCAC